AUGGAGAUUACCGAGCGGCUAGACAGGCUCAUCUCGCGAAUUCGAGAGAUUCAGAUGCCUUAUAUGAACGGGGCAAAGCCUGCUGAUGUGCUUAUUUUUGCACACGGUCUGGUCCUCCGGUGCUUUAUAAUGCGCUGGCUCGGCUUCUCGGUCGACUUUCCCCUCCAGAUGAAGAUGGACCCGGGGGCGAUUGCGGUUUUAAGGUACAACACGACAACGCGGUCGGCUAUUUCCAAGACCACCAGUGGUGGUGCCCCUUCUGUGGGUCGUCACCGACUCGAAGCCGCGGUUCGGGCAGACGCCGGCGCAGGCGAGAGGGAGCGCUUCGCCCGCUGGAGCCGCGAGGACGGCGUCGCUGGCGGCGGGUACUGGAACGAUUAUUACGACAUUGAGAAGAUGGACUCAUCCUACGCCAAGUACGGAGCCGUGUUGACGGACAUUUUCCCAUCGUCAUGA